AAAAGCUCAAGCAUGUGACUCUGAGGCUGCUGCUCACAUUACAUCACUGCAACUUCAGCAGCAGUUCCAAGAAGUAAAUAUUAAGUGUUGGCUGUGCUCACCCGGUCGCCCUCUCUCCUGAGUCCUGGCAUUCCUGUGCCCGUGGGACCAACUGGGUUGCGCCGAACAGGUCACUCCCUCUCCUCUGGCCUGUGUUAUUCCCGUAUUGAGCAGGUCACGUCCAAUCCCGGGGUUGCUGGCGUUCCUGUGCCACGGAGGAGCUGCAGAACAGAGCUUACUGGCACUUCCAGUUAGUUUUUAAACAGCAGAGAGAAUCUUACAGCCUUGAAGACUUCUGCAGUAUCACACACAGCGGUAACCAUGCUACAGAGAUGAAAUGAUAGGGAGUCUCGCCAGUGUAUCCCAUGGGUCCCACACAGCUUGCUGCACAGGAUCAUGGGAAAAGGGUGGCAAGUGUAUUUGAAAUGGAGGAGGAAGGGUUUUCACUCUUCCAUGGCUCGGAGGUCCCCCUCGAGCAUGCAGAAAAUCCACCCCUGAAGCGGAAGAAGGGUCCAGCCCCCAAGAUGUUGGGGAAUGAAGUGUGCAGUGUAUGUGGGGACAAGGCCUCAGGCUUCCACUACAACGUGCUGAGCUGCGAGGGCUGUAAGGGCUUCUUCCGCCGCAGCGUCAUCAAGGGUGCCCAGUAUGUCUGCAAGAACGGCGGCAAGUGUGAAAUGGACAUGUACAUGCGGCGCAAGUGCCAGGAGUGCCGGCUGCGCAAGUGCCAGGAGGCAGGCAUGCGGGAGCAGUGUGUUUUGUCCGAAGAGCAGAUCCGACUGAAGAAGCUCAAGAAACAGGAGGAUGAUCAGGCUCGGACAGUGGUUGUGCGCCCAAACCCCCCAUCUCCACCCAACACCCCCUAUAAACUGACACCCGAGCAGCUGGGCAUGAUAGAAAAGCUUGUGGCAGCUCAGCAGCAGUGUAACCAGCGCUCAUUCACAGACAGGCUCAAAGUGACGCCAUGGCCUCAGGCUUCAGACCCUCAUAACCGUGAGGCACGGCAGCAGCGUUUUGCUCAUUUCACUGAGCUUGCAAUCAUCUCUGUGCAAGAGAUUGUGGACUUUGCCAAACAGCUGCCUGGCUUCCUGGAGCUCACCAGGGAAGAUCAGAUUGCUCUGCUGAAGACAUCCACCAUAGAGGUGAUGCUGUUGGAGACAUCCCGGCGCUAUAAUCCAGAGACUGAAAGCAUCACCUUUCUGAAGGACCUGAGCUAUAAUCGGGAUGACUUUGCCAAAGCAGGCCUGCAGUUUGAGUUCAUUAACCCUAUCUUUGAGUUUUCAAAGGGAAUGAAUGACCUACAGCUCAACGAUGCUGAAUAUGCACUUUUAAUCGCCAUCAACAUUUUCUCUGCAGACCGACCAAAUGUGCAGGAUCAGUCGCUGGUGGAGAGACUGCAGCACACCUACGUAGAGGCCCUUCAUUCUUACAUUUGCAUCCACAGACCAAAUGACCAUCUGAUGUUCCCUCGGAUGUUAAUGAAACUGGUCAGUCUUCGGACUCUAAGCAGUGUCCACUCCGAACAAGUUUUUGCCCUUCGACUACAGGACAAGAAACUCCCUCCCCUGCUCUCAGAAAUCUGGGAUGUGCAUGAGUGACUAUGUGCUCCCAGGGCACUGACCUGCUGAAGUAACACCACCUCCGAUCCCUUGCUAACAAGAAGCCAGCCUCCCCUCUCCAAAGCGCUGAACUAGGGGCUGGGCUGGGCUGGGCAGUGCAGAGUGAUGAGCCUGUGGUUUCUCUGAUGUGAUGAGACUGUGCAUAAGGCAUCUGGGAGAGAUCAGAUGUUUUUGUAAUCUUUGAUUUAGUGCCUCCUAGAAAUGGGAUCAUGUGUGAAACACCUGAAAAUGGUAGAGAUGAACAUCUCACCCCAAAUGUUUCUUCAAUGUCUGUCUUUUUUCUAAGUAUGUGUUCUGGGGUUUUGCCCCCCCAUCUUUCCCUUCUCAUUGAUUCUGAAAGUGAAUUUGCAGGAACUUGUUAAACGUUCACUGAGAGCAUCCUAGCCCCAAAGGCUUCCCCAGGGUUCUUAGGCAGGGUUCCCUGUGUAUGUGGACUUGAGGAACUCAGGGAAGCUUAUAUGGAUGUGCUGGGGGUUUUCUUAUAUUCCCUGUAUUUAAAGUCUCUAUGAUGUGCUGUCCUUCACAAAGAUUCCCAGAGAAGAGGCUGUUGGUCGCAUUCCCUCUUUGUGAAGCUUCAUUUCUAGAGCUGUCCUUUCAUUCUGGCCCUCCUUGGGCAAGUAGAUCCGUGGAAUGUGCAGUGCCAUUUACUGAAAGUUAUUCUGUGGACAUCUUGUAUGUACCAUAGAGAAACCAUGGAUCAUUUAGCUGUUUUUUAAAAACAAGAUUGCCUAUCAUUAUAGUAUCUUUUGGUUUGCUAGCAAGUGAAAGCAAUAAACCAUGGAAUAGAUUUUGUGUUGAGGUUUGUGGAGGAGAAGAGAGAGGAAUGGAAGCAUCAGUGUCUGGGCAGUAGAGGUGGUGGAAGUAUAUCAAGAACCAUGAAAAUGUUAGUAUAUUUAGCGGGUUCCAGUGAGACUGAAGAUUAUCAGCUGGGGACAGAGAAUGCACUGUAUUUAUAGCAUAUUAGCAGGAAUUGCCUAAUCUAUGGGCUGCACAACUCUCUCAGAAUCCUGUCUGCAGGAAUAUUGAGCAUAACCACCUCUGUCCAAGUAUUCUCCCUUAUGCAAAAGGUCUUUUCAAGUGUAUGGUCAUUUGUUAGUGAUUAGUGGGAUGUGGAGGUAUCUUGGUAUGAUGAGUACCCUUCUGCUCUUGUAUAUGAAACAGGGUUAAAAAAAGAACUAGAUAAAUUCAUGGAGGAUAGAUCCAUCAAUGGCUAUUAGCCAGGGUGGGCAGCGAUGAUGUCCCUAGCCUCUGUUCGCUAGAAGCUGGGAAUGGGUGACAAGGAAUGGAUCACUUGAUAAUUAUCUGUUUUGUUCAUUCCCUCUGGGGCACCUGGCACUGGCCACUGUCUGAAGACAGGAUACUGGGCUAGAUGGGCCUUUGGUCUGACCCGGUAACGCUGUUCUUAUGUACUUCUUAAAUCCUCUCCUUUCCACCUUGUGCAUGGUAAGACUCGCCAGUGACCCCUUGGUCCAUAAAUAUUUUAGUAUUUAGAGCAAUAAUUGGUUUGACAAAACAGAAAAAUGUCAUUGCAAAAUGAGUUUCUCAUUCUGCAAGAAAAAACAAACAGUAUUUGAUCCCAGAUAUGUAACCCCAAGUCCUCUGGUUUCAUGUAUUUUGUCUCUAACAGGGAUAUAUGUUUGCUUGCCCAGUGAGCAUCCUGAGAGGCUGGGUUCACAAGGCUCAUAGUUUUGGGCUGUGUAUGUGAGCACCAGGCCUGUGGCAAAGGCUUUUUGUCCAUUUUGCACUCAAGGUUGGUCCCUGCCUUUAGCCUUCAUUCUGCACCUUUGUAAAGCACUUGUAAUAAUCUGUAAAAUAAUCUGUUAUUUUUUAUAACUUGUUGCAAUUGCAAAAUUUCUUGUUUAAAUCUGUAUUUUUAACUAAUCUGUUUGAGAAAUGUUAAUGUUUAUACAAAAGAAUAAAGCCUAAUACAGGA